AUUGUUUGCUUUGUGUUUACUUUUGCAUUUAAUUGUCGUCAAUUGCAUUGCAACCACCAACCGUACUGAAGUAUUUCGUCAAGUCGGAAAGCUGGCGUCCCUUAGCAGCGGAAUCCUUAUAAACUGCCAAAAUCGCAUUAUCCAAAGUCGAAUACUGCAAUUAAUCCAACAAAAGGCUGCGGGCAUUGACAUCCAGCCCUUUGAGGAGCACGCCUAUGAGUUCGGCGGCUGCGAGUACCUUCUGGUGGCGGGGCGGGGAGGCGGGCUGCGGCUGCUGCUGGGCCUGCCGCAGCUGGAGGGCAGCUUCCAGCAGCAGGUGCUAGGCCCCGAUGUGAUGGAGGCGGUGGCGGCCGCAUUCCGCGGGGUAGCCACCGUCAGCCAACCCAGCACAGCACCCGCUGCAGCAGCAGCAGCCGAGGGGGACCAGCAGCAGCAGGCACAGCAGCAGCAGGGUCGCUACCAGGUGGCUCUGGAUGUGGACCUGGCGCUGCUGUGCCGGCUGAGCGGCGGGCAGCGCGAGGGCUGGAGCCGCAGCCUGGCCUCGCUGCGACUGCUGCUGGCAGGGCACCCGCUCAGGCAGGUGUUCCGCGCACUGGAGGCGGGCAGCCUGAGUGCGGGGCCUCCCGUGGUGUGCUGCAACACGCCGGGGCAGGUGUACAUCAUCCGGCCGGUGUCCCCCGACUGCGUGGCGCUGGUGUUCCCGCUGCGCUUCACCAGCCGCCAGGACUGCGCCAUCGGGGUGGCGUGUAUGCAGGAGUUCGUUGAGGCCCGGCGGGGCGCCUCGCUGGGUCGGGCGCCCUCCUGCAACUACCUGGUGCGGGAGGUGCCGCGGGAGCUGGCAGGAGUGGACCUCAGCUCCCUACUGGGCAGCGCGGGUGGCGGCAGUGGCGGCGGCCACAGCGGCGGCUACCUGGUGUUCAGCCUCACUCGGCGCCACGUGGCGGGGCCGCAGAUGGAGGGGGUGGUGUGGUCGCUGGCCACCCUGCACCAGUUCAUUGCCUACCACGUCAAGGCAACCAAGGCCAUGAUGCACAGCCGCAUGCGCAGGCGGGUGGCGGCCAUGACAGACCUGCUGGGGGCCGCAACGCCGCUCGCGGGGGCAACUGCGGCGGCAGCAGCAGGGG